AUGAUUAAUUAAAGAAACCAUUCAAAAAUAUCAUGGUCUGAAAUACUAAUUCAUCUAAGAAACAAAGAUGUGAAGAAAUAAUAAAUAAAAAAGAGGCUAGAUAAAUUAAUUUCUAAAAUUGAACAUUUAUGA